AAGUUGGAGAUUUUAUACCUCGCGAAUGCACGUUUUCACGUCCACUCAUUCGGAUAAUUUAAUUAAAUACAAGAGCUACGCACACGUAUCAUUGCUCGAAAUAUAAAACGGUGACAUUUUGUGAUGUUCCAGGUAGAUCGUUGGUAAGCUGGCGACACAAUAAGUGUUUAUUACUUGGCCGGAUUUCUGUAUUACGGUAGAUGCUACUGUAAAGACUUGGCACGAAACAGGACAAUCCCCCCAAAAUGCAGCAGCAACCAGUAAUGGAAGAGGGAACGGCGUACGAGCCACCCACUUAUGACGAGACAUUCCCGCUCCUUCCUGGAUCGACAAGUCCGAUAUCGAGCAGCUCAAGUCCCUUGUCGAAUAUGAACAAUAGUAUGCGAGUCGGUUGUUCGGUAAUUACCCAGGUGUUCCGAGUACCCGUGGAGGAGCGGAAGUUUGAUCACAGUGAUAAAUUUGGCGAGGGUGAAUCUGUGAGGACUUGCCAGGUGAUCACGAAAGAGACAGGAGCCCAUAUUGAGAUAUCAUCAUCGAAGGAUCAAUCCUUGACAUUCUUACUUACCGGAAAGCAAAAUCAGGUCCUCGAGGCGCGCAGGCGCAUCUUGACUACCUUUCAGACACAGGCGAGCAAGAAGAUCAACAUCCCUAAGGAUCAUCAUGGUUGGAUCCUUGGAAGGCAGGGACAGAGACUUAAGGAUCUUGAGGCGAAUACUGCGACCAAGAUCAAUGUUCCUUCUUUCCACGAGCAAUCAGAUAUUAUCACGAUAACUGGUACCAAGGAAGGUAUCGAGAAGGCUGAACAUGAAAUUCGUGUUAUAUCUGAUGAACAGUCGCGGAAAGGUUUUGAGAGAAUAGAAGUGCCAAAAAUCUAUCAUCCAUUUAUCUAUGGUGCUCAUAAUAAAAAUUUGAAUGCAAUGAUCGAGGAGACUGGAGCAAGGAUCAAUAUUCCUCCGCCAUCUGUCCAUAAGGAUGAAAUUACUAUUGCUGGGGAGAAAGAAGGUGUUCUUGCUGCUAAACAGAAAAUCGAAGCUAUUUACAAAGAUAUGGCGGAAAGAUGUACUACGGUCUCUGUAGAAGUUCGUAAAUCUCAGCAUAAGCAUGUCGUUGGACCAAGAAACAGUACCAUUGCAGAAAUUUUGCAAUUGACUGGAGUCAGCGUGGAAAUGCCUGCACCAGAUUCCGCAACGGGAACCAUUACGCUCCGAGGACCCCAUGAUAAACUUGGACUUGCAUUGAGUAUGGUUUAUGAGAAAGCUAAUAGUGUUCGCACUGCUGUCGUGGAAGCUCCUGCUUGGAUUCAUAAAUACAUUAUUGGUCGUAAGGGUGCCAAUAUUAAGAAAAUCACUCAGGAUCUAACUAAGGUGAAUGUUGAGUUUACUGUAAAGGAGGACAAGAUUAAAAUCGAAGGACCACCGGAGGAGGUUGAGAAAGCUCAAAGCGAGAUUCAAUUGAUGGCACAAGAUCUCAUCUCGAAAUUAACUUUUGCUGAGCUCAAUGUCGAUCCUAAAUAUUACAAACAUAUUACUGGAAAGAAUCGUAGUAAUAUGAAUCGUUUGAAGGAGGAAACUAGUGUAAUAAUUGCUAUCUCUGAAGUUGAUGGAAAUAAUGUUAUUCGUAUUGAAGGAAACCAUGCGGGUGUUACUAGAGUAAAGGAGGAACUUACGGAAAUGGUCAAGAAACUGGAGAACGAAAAAGAAAUUGAUGUGAUCAUCGAUCAUCGUCAUUAUCCAAGUAUAAUUGGUAGCAAGGGAGAGAAAAUCAAAGAAAUCAAGGACAAAUAUAAUCAGGUUCAAAUUAUCAUUCCUGGACCAGAGGAGAAAUGUGACGUAGUCAAGAUUCGUGGACCUAAAGAAGAUGUUGAUAAGUGUCAUCAGCAUCUUAAGAAACUCGUGAAGAAAUUAAAUGAGAACAGUUACGUCCUGGAAGUUCCUAUCUUCAAGCAGUUCCAUAAAUUCGUAAUUGGCAAGGGUGGUGCGAAUAUUCGUAAAAUUCGCGAGGAAACUCAAACCAAAAUCGAAUUGCCUGCUGAAGGUGAGCAGAGUGAUGUAAUCACAAUUACUGGCAAGAAGGAAAACGUUGAGGAAGCCAAAGAAAAGAUAAAGAAAAUCCAAGACGAGCAGGCUAAUAUCACUAGUGAGGAGAUUGUGAUUCCUCCGAAAUUCUAUAAUUCGCUUAUCGGCACUGGUGGCAAAUUAAUUCAGUCCAUUAAGGAGGAUUGCGGUGGUGUUAUUAUCAAGUUCCCCACAGCUGCGAGUCAGAGUGACAAAGUAACUAUAAUGGGUCCUAAGGACGACGUGGAGAAAGCUAAGCAGUUGCUCCUGGAGCAUCGCAAUGAAAAACAAUUGUCCAGUUUCUCCGCAACAGUUCGUGCCAAAGCGCAGCAUCACAAAUUCCUUAUUGGAAAGAAUGGAGCUAAUAUCAAAAAGAUAAGAGAAUCUACAGGAGCCAGAAUUAUUUUCCCUACUGAACAGGAUGAGGAUAAGGAGAUAAUCACUAUCAUUGGAAAGGAAGAUGCUGUCGAGAAAGCAAAAGCUGAACUAGAAGCUACUAUCGAAGAGAUUGACAACAUUACAGAGGGAGAGAUAAGCAUCGAUCCGAAGCAUCAUAAGCAUUUUGUAGCUCGACGUGGUGGAAUUCUUCAUCGGAUCGCCGACGAAUGUGGUGGCGUGCAGAUUUCAUUCCCAAGAGCAGGUGUCGACAGUGACCGGGUUGUCCUUAAGGGUGCUCAUGAUUGCAUAGAAGCUGCAAAGCAACGAAUGCGUGAUAUUGUCCAAGAGUUGGAAUCCAUGGUAACAAUAGAAUGCAUCAUACCACAAAAACAUCAUCGUACAGUGAUGGGAUCAAAAGGUUGCAAAGUGCAAACCAUCACGUCUGAUUUUGACGUUCAAAUUAAAUUCCCAGACCGUGACAUUCAAGAUGAACACAGACCCGAGGAACAAGUUAACGGAGAAAACGGAGAAGUCCUCGAGACCGUUCCUGCCUGCGAUGUAAUUCGUAUUACGGGCCAGCCUGAAAAUGCAGCAGCCGCAAAGCAGGCUCUGCUUGAUCUUGUACCGAUCACGAUCGAAGUUGAAGUGCCAUUUGAUCUUCAUCGAUCAAUCAUUGGACAAAGAGGACGUGACGUACGAGAACUCAUGGAAACGCAUGACGUGCAUAUUAUGCUAUCGCCUGCUGAGCAAAAGCUCGACUACAUUAAGAUUUCCGGUACGCCUUCUUGUGUGGAGAGCGCAAAGGAAGCGAUCCUGGAAAGAUGCAAAGUCCUAGAAGCAGGACGUCAAGAAAGGGCACUUAAAUCCUUCGAAUUAAAGAUCGAAGUCGAUCCAGAGUAUCAUCCAAAGAUUAUAGGUCGCAAGGGUGCAGUGAUCACUAAGAUACGCACGGCUCACGAUGUACAGAUUAAUUUUCCUCGUAAGGGUGACCCUGAUCAGCAUAUAAUAAAGAUCGUUGGCUACGAGAAGAAUGCUCACGACGCCAAGGAAGAUAUUUUAAAGAUUGUUAACGAGCUGGAUGAGCUAACAAGAGAAGAAGUAUCUAUUGAGGCCGAAGUACACUCAAGAUUAAUCGGAGCCAGAGGUCGCAACAUCCGUCGAAUAAUGGAUGAGUUCAAGGUCGACAUUAAAUUCCCACGUAAAACCGACGCCGAUCCCAACAUUGUCACGAUCAUCGGAGCUGAGGAAAAUGUCGCAGAUGCCAAAGACUGGCUACUUACCCUCGCGGAGGAAUACAUGCAAGACGUCCUGGACAAUGUGUCACGCAACAAUUUCCGUGCCCCGCAACGCGAGGAAACGCCUCUGGGAGGUUCUGAGAGUGACUCAGGAUUUGUAGUCAAGGGUGGUCCUUGGGAGCAACAGCAACGUACCGCCCCGAACACGGCGAGCGUUGAAGAGUUUCCAUCGAUCGUCGGUUUCGCUGCUCCAGUCGCAGCAUCCACCCCGGACGGUCCGUGGGGUGUGAAACGAUAAAUAUGCCAUUACCAGUUUAUCAAUAACGAUGGAACACGUAAAGGUAUUCUAACAAGGUAACUUUCCUCUGACAAACGAUAAAGAAAAAGAAAAAAAAAGAAAAAAAGAUGAAAAAGAAAAGUUGAAAAAAAAAAGAAAAAGAAGAAGAGAAGAAAGAAAAAUAAGCAACCCUCGACGUAUGCCUGUAUAUAUAUAUAUAUAUAUGUUUAUCGAUGAUAAAUAUAUAGGCAUAUAUAAUAUUAUAACAUUGGGGACUCGACAAUGAUUCCCUGCUCCAUUACUGACGCUGCUGCAUAUCGACCUGGCCACUCUCUUUGGACUUUGACGCUGUUUUUGCUCCCCGUACACACGAAUGACAAUGUUUAUACUUACAGUUAUAAAAUGAAAAGGAACCGAUGUCACCGUGUAUCUGUAACUGUAACGCAUAGCAUCGCAUCGUAUCGGAUUUGUAAUCGUAAUCGUGUGUAAUGUUCGUAUUCGUUUUAUGUUUUGCGUCGAUCGAGUGAUCGAUCGGAUCAGUUCGAUAACGAAAUACCGAAAGCGGAAAAAAGAAAAGAAAGGAAAAGAGAUGAGACGAGCAUGAGGCGCACGCAACGCCACAAUGUCGUUUAUCCAUUUUCUAGACAUUUUUUUUAAAUUAUUAUUUGCUUUCCUUUCACUUGUCAGUCAAUACGUUUCACAUGCCCUUCAGGUACAGAUAUAUUGUACUUAAGACUGUGGCUUCGUAGGUGAUAAUCCUUUUUUUUCUCUCUCGUGUAUUGUGUAUUAUAUAUUCAAAUCUAGAUACCGCGUAGACCGCAUAAUGUUUUCUCUCGUUUUCCUUUUUUUUUUUGUUUAUUUAUUUAUAACUCUUGUAUAUAAAUUGCAUUUUGUUUGUUUUUUGCUCUCAAGUGCUCGCGCGCGUUUGUUCUGCCUCUACCCUCCCCCUUGUACCCCUCGCGUACUAAACCCUCUCAAACUCUGCGCUAAACCCCAUAAGACCCCCCCCCCCUGUCCCUUGAUUCUAUGGUAGGGAAAAUCACGACAGGCAAUGAUAUUCCUUUUUUAUUCUGCUUGGGAGGAGGUCAGCAACUGGGUUAAUCAUUUGUUCUGAAAGAUCAUUUCAAACGACGAAUGUUAACGAGGGGGAAACUAUAGAAGCAGAAUCAGAAUAUAGAAAUGAUAUAGAAAAGCAAAAAAAGAUAUAUCCCAGUCUACUGUCCUGAAUUCCUUUGUUCCCAUCGUCUUUGGGUUUGUCUUUUUUUUUUAAAUUGUGCUUAUCAAAACGAAUCCUUUAUUUGGUAUGCGUACGUUUAAUGGUAGUUUCAUCGAGGGAGAUCGUACCUCUACUCCUCCCCUGACUCCCCUCCUACUCCCCCCCGGCCGCCAAUCCGGGUUUAACUUAUACGAUUAAUAUCAUGAAGAAUUAGGGACACGGGUUUAUCUUAUAUCUCUUAUUAUUUAUUCCUCUUGUUUGUCGGUGUAUAACAAACAAUGUGCAAGUACGUGCAUUUCAACACUGUUUGCGAGGCCAACUAGUUAAGAGGUGAAAUAAAAAAAAAUGAAGAAAGUGGGAAAAGAAGAGAGAGAGACGAAGGAAUGAAAGGGUAAAACAUGAUGAAUGAUUAAAUGAAUUGAGGCGAAGGAACGAACGAUUGAAACGACUAUAGAAUGAAAAGGAAAUACUAUUCGGUUCAAAGUGCCUUGUCUAUUUUCUUUGAGACAGCUCAUUUUCAAUUGUUGGAGGAAUGUGAAUACUAGAUUUAUGUAUAUGAUAUUGAUAAUAACUAUAUAUAUAUGAAUUUAUAGAUUAUAUUAUUAAUUGUGCAACGACGGCUGCCGGCGUUCGUCGCCAAUUUGUAGGCGAGGUUCGCGCGGGAAUGCCGUCGCCACGGAUUCAAUUCCGUGAAGUAAAUGAAGGAAACUAUUAUAUAUCGUGCGAACAUAAGCAAGAGAGGAAAAGGCGAAGUAAUAAUAAUAAUAAAGAAAAAAAGAAUUGAGAGAUUUAAAGGGAGGAAUACACAAUAGCGUUUAUCAGGUAUACAGAUAAAAUGUUCACUUAUAUUUUUUAGAUUUACAGCAAUUUUUAUAAGCCUACUUGGUACGACGACCUACAUGUUAAUCCCGUGCAUGGUUUAUUGUAUAAUGGAUAUGCGAGCCAGAACUAUCCAUAAGGUGUUUUGAGAAAUAUUGCGCUCUUCUUUCGGCCAAAAAUCUCAUAUAGGAAUACGCUAUGCAACUAAGUACGUAUAUCCAUAUUACUCCUAGGCCUUGUUCCGCGUUCGUACGAGCCCCUAUUAAACAAUGCCAAGGGUUGAAGAGAGAAAUAGAAAGAAAAAAGAAAUCAAUUCCAUAUCCUAGAACGUCCCCACGUCCCUUUGACCCUGCCCGCCACGUUAAAUUUAUUCCCAAUGUCACGGCAGCCGCAACCUAAUUUUUCUAAUGAGUUAUUAUUCUAACGAGUAAUACAAAAAAUAUUGUAAUUAUAGAAUUACUAUCCUCUGUACACUUAAGAGAACAAUGUCAUAAUACAAGAAAUUCUAUCAUAAUAA